UUGUCAACAGAACGGCAAGAUGGAGACCCCCAUGUUUAGAUUCAAAGUCCUAUGAAGUGGGCCAAAUGGAUCCUUAACAGUGCUGUAUACACAGCCCCGUCCAAGAGGAACGAUGAGGCAAACAUGCGAUGAGCUCAUUUAGAUCAAAGGCAGUAAUUGUACUUCUACCAAUGACCAUUCAUUCAUGCAUGCAUUCAUUCAUCAUGCAUUCAUUCAUUCAUUCAUCAUGCAUUCAUGAAUCGACUGGAAUUUCAGCGAAGAACUUUUUUUUGUAGCUUAGCAUGACUCGUUAUGUUUUAUGAACUAAAGAUUGUGUAGAGCCAGACUGCGGAGCGGGAAUCCUUUUCUAACAGACUUUUCGUGGUUCACCUUGAAGCCUAUACUGAGCGAGGACAGAGACCCCUACUCCCCCGGUCCUCGCAUAUUAAUCCACAUGAAUCCAACACGUAUGAUUAAGAGCUGCUCCAACAUGGCAGACGCCUGGCAAGAAGCCAUGGAGCUGGCAGAGAGGACAGCAAGGAGAGCGGGGGAGGUGGUCUGUACUGCUCUGCAGGUGGAGCGCUCUGUGAUGACGAAGAGCUGCUCGGUGGAUUUGGUGACGCAAACUGACCAGCAGGUGGAGCAGCUCAUCAUCCAAUCAGUGAAGGACAAGUUCCCCAUGCACAGGUUCAUCGGGGAGGAGUCUGUGGCUGCAGGUGAGUCGUGUGUCCUUAGCGAUGAACCCACCUGGAUCAUCGACCCUAUCGACGGGACAACCAACUUUGUGCACGCAUUCCCUUUUGUUGCUGUUUCCAUCGGCUUCUCUGUCAACAAGCAGUUUGGUGGGGUGUUGGUUGGGAUGGGGAAUUGGGGUCUGAUGAGCCAGCCCCUGUUCCAGAGUGGGGGGGGAUGGGAUAUCCAUCAGGCGAUGGUCUGCACAGAAUUCGGCUCCAGCAGAGAUCCUGAGGUCGUGGAGAAAAUUCUCUGCAGCCUGAGAGCCGUGCUGAGCAUCCCCACACACGGGGUGCGUGGAGCAGGCACUGCAGCCAUCAACAUGUGUCUGGUAGCCUCCGGCUGCGUCGAGGCGUAUUAUGAGAUCGGGAUCCACGUCUGGGACAUCGCAGCGGGGUCCCUGCUGGUGACCGAGGCGGGGGGGGUCCUGAUGGACGUGCAGGGCGGGCCGGUGGACCUGAUGUCUCGCCGGGUUCUGGCAGCUAACAGCCCGGCGUUGGCUGAGCGGCUGCUGCAGGAGAUCCAGAGCUUCUGUCCAAUCAGAGACGACGCUGCGCCCUAACACUGAACCCGUGCAUUCUGGGUAAAACAGCAUUUCAUGAGGUGCAUGGACUGUUUGUAAUGUUUGUGACUAAUAAAGUUUAUGAUUUAAAAAAUGGACAACUUUU